CUUUUCUUUUAGCUUAUUGGUUUACAUUGUCGCGCGCUCUUAUCUCGGGAUGCGGUUACCAUGGUAACGGGGUAACGUCUGCUUGUGUGUGUGUGUGUGUGUGUGUGAUUUAGUGUUUCUAUAUUUAUGUAAUUGUGUGUGUGUGUGUGUGUGUGUGUGUGUGUGUGUGUGUGUAUGUAUGUGUGUGUGUGUGUGUGUGUGUGUGUGUGUGUGUGCGCGCGCGCGUGAGAGUGUUUGUGUGUGUGUGUCUGUGCGUGUUUCUGUCGCUCAUCUUCUUGCACGCACUACAAUGGGGCAGUAGAACCGGAAAUCUGGGCAUUUUCUAAUCAUCUGCACGUGGAGGUUUGACUACAGAAAGACUUUUGACUAUAUAAAAUUUUUACAAAUAAACUGGUUCACCAGCGACUGACUGACCUUACUGCACGCGCACGUUUGAUGCACGAGUUAACGGGUCUCCGUCUCGCGCUCCGUUUCACCUUCAGCUCGAGCCGAUGUCUCGUGUUCCAACCCUGUUGCGCGUGUAGUACCGACGUCUCACGCGUGGGUUCGGUUUGGGCAAAUAUAGGAUAGAACAUUCGUAUAGUUUCUUCUCUUUUCUUUCCGUAUUUAUUUCUUUAGUAUUAUUUUUGUUUGUUUGUUUGUUUUUUGUUGUUGUUGUUGAACACACGCCGUUAAUAGAGCGCGUGCGCACGGAUUGAAUGUAUGUCAGUAUGAAUCAGCGCACGCGGGAGUCUGAUGCUCCGUCUAUUCUGACGCGGAUCAAAUGUCCUUGUCAUGCUCACGUUAACGGGACACAAGCCGCUGCCAUAUUAAGUCGGGCUUAGCAAACGAGCGCGCGAGCGGAGCAUCAGCACCGAGCAGAGGAGCAACACGCGGGAGGUUCGGCUGCUGGUAACACAGGGGGCUUUCUCUGCUGAUGACCCCACGAAGGCACGGAGAUGAGGAUGAGGAUGAUAGAACGUCUGCGCUGAAGGACAAAAAGGAACACGCGCGCGGCUGAAUGACGCUCCAAGGGCGUUGAGUUUAAGUGAGACAGUAACAGGUCAGUGUGUGUGUGUGUGUGUGUGACCUCACGCACCAUGGAUGGAGCGGUGGGCGGGGCAUCAUCGGACUCUCGGCCCCUGCGUAAUGGAGACACCAAGCGGCGCAGCAAAGGGAGUCUGCCGUCCCCAGGUUUCCGUCUCUCUCAGGCAUCUCUGGAUGGUGAAGUGGCCCCCAGACGACGCCCAUCUGUCAUGAGCUCGACACGAGAUGGUACUAGUUCGCUUCGGUCUGGCACGGCAGCAGGUACGCCCACCACACCCGGGCCGCCUGGCACUGCACAAUGUGCUUCCGGGCCACGUACCGUAGGGUUUGCUGCGUCCCGUGCUGCCCUCGCAUCCACCUCAUCCUCCUGCACUGGUGUGGUUGUAGUAGCUGCUGGAGGCGGAGUCACAGCCGGGGCAGAACCAACCACUACCAUGACAAUGGCGGCUGGAAGUCCAGACAUUGUUCCUGGACUGGAUGGAGAAGAAUAUUACAGCUACUCAAACCAGUCAACAUUUAUGCAGCGGCAGCUUGGUGCCAUGUUACAGCCCGGAGUCAACAAGUUCUCACUGCGCAUGUUUGGAUCCCACAAAGCCGUUGCCCUUGAACAGGAACGACUGAAAAGUGCCGGCGUGUGGAUCAUCCACCCAUACAGUGACUUCAGGUUUUAUUGGGAUCUACUGAUGCUUCUGCUGAUGAUGGGUAACUUAAUCAUCCUUCCAGUGGGAAUCACAUUCUUUAAGGAUGAGAACACACCACCAUGGAUCAUUUUUAAUGUGGUGUCAGACACAAUGUUCCUGGUGGACCUAGUUCUGAACUUCAGGACAGGCAUCAUGAAGGAGGACAGCACUGAAAUCGUGCUCGACCCCAAAGCCAUCCGACACAACUACCUAAAGAGCUGGUUUGCCGUUGACUUCAUCUCCUCCAUCCCUGUUGACUACAUCUUCCUCAUGGUGGACCUGGAGGAGCGCCUAGAUUCUGAGGUGUAUCGGACAGCUCGAGCUCUGCGCAUUGUUCGUUUCACAAAAAUCCUGAGCCUGCUGCGCCUGCUCCGACUGUCUCGUCUCAUCCGAUACAUCCACCAAUGGGAGGAGAUCUUCCACAUGACGUAUGACCUGGCUAGUGCAAUGGUGCGGAUAGUUAAUCUCAUUGGGAUGAUGUUGUUGCUGUGUCACUGGGAUGGCUGUCUGCAGUUCCUGGUCCCCAUGCUGCAGGACUUCCCACAUGAUUGCUGGGUCUACAAGAACAACAUGGUGAACGACUCAUGGGGUGUGCAGUACUCAUAUGCUCUGUUUAAGGCAAUGAGUCACAUGCUGUGUAUCGGCUAUGGUGCUCAGGCUCCGGAGGGAAUGACUGAUGUUUGGCUAACAAUGCUUAGUAUGAUCGUGGGAGCAACGUGUUACGCCAUGUUCAUCGGCCAUGCCACUGCUCUUAUUCAAUCACUGGAUUCCUCACGGAGACAGUAUCAGGAAAAGUAUAAGCAGGUGGAACAGUACAUGUCCUUUCAUAAACUUCCAGCUGAUGUGAGACAGAAGAUCCACGAGUAUUAUGAACAUCGCUAUCAGGGCAAAAUGUUUGACGAGGAGAACAUCCUGGGGGAACUGAGUGACCCACUAAAGGAGGAAAUUGUGAGCUUUAACUGCCGCAGUUUGGUGGCUAACAUGCCUCUGUUUGCAAACGCGGAUCCAAACUUUGUGACUGCAGUCCUCACUAAAUUGCGCUUUGAAGUAUUUCAGCCUAGUGACUUCAUCAUUCGUGAGGGGACCGUUGGUCGAAAGAUGUACUUUAUUCAGCACGGCCGAGUGAGCGUCCUCACCAGGGGAAACAAGGAGACCAAACUCAGUGAUGGAUCAUACUUUGGAGAGAUCUGUCUGUUAACCCGUGGAAGGAGGACAGCGAGUGUGAGAGCUGAUACAUACUGUCGUCUUUACUCUCUGAGUGUGGACAGUUUUAACGAAGUUCUGGAGGAACACCCGAUGAUGAGACGAGCAUUUGAAACAGUCGCAGCUGACCGAUUAAACCGCAUUGGUAAGAAGAACUCCAUCCUCUUGCGAAAGACAUCUCAGGGUGGCUCUGUGGCGAGCAGCACUCUGGGUCGUGGGGGUGGGCCCGGGCCUGGGCCCGGGCCCGGUGGAGCCAGCAGUGGCCGUGGAUGUGCUGGAUCCUGUGACAGCAUUUUAGUACAGCAGAUUGUCAAACACGACAGCAUGCCAGCCAUGCAGGAUGUUGCUACUGGUAACUGGAUUGGGGGUACAGGAGGGACUGUUGCUGGGGGAGUGUCCUCGCACCCACGGCCAGUGAUCUGGGCUCCAUUAGUCCAUGCCCCCUUACAUACUGCAGCAGCUGCCUCGAAUGUUGCCAUUACUCUUCUCCAGCAGCAACAGCAACAGCAGGGCAUGUUUUUUCCCUCCACCCUCUCAAUUUGUCCCACCUCUAUACCUGUUUGCCCCUCUCCUUCCUCUUGCCCCCUCUCACCUCCACGUGGUCCUAUUCUUCCACCUCGCCAGUCCCUUAGUGCUAUCAUCACCCCCCGUGGAGGCCACACUUCCAAUAAUUUAACUCCUUCUCCUUCUGCAGCAGGGCUACCGAUUAUCGGUGGAGCAGGAGUCACAAAAGCACCUUGCACUCCCAUGUCAUCAGUCCCUGCCCCUUUGCAGGCCACCAGGACGCUGCACAACCCCCGCCUUCAGCCAGAACCAAGUGUUAUGGCAGGAGGAGGGGCUAAUACAUUACCUUUCCAGAAAGCCAUGCCUCAUUACGCUGGAGCCAAAGAAGCUCUGAUGCGUCAUGUUGGAGGUGGGAGCACUCAGGGCCUCCCCUCGUUGGGUCGUCUGACUCAGGAAGCCCGUUUGCUUUCUGCCUCUCAGCCCACCCUUCUCCAUCGUGGUUGGCCACACCCACCUCUCCAUAGAAAAGCUUCUGGGGGCAACUUACUUCCUGCUCCUUUUGUAAUGUCACAAGCUCAAUUUGUAUUGGGGGGUAGUGCAGGAGUGCUUAGCUCUAACAAUCCACAGGUGCAGAAAACACCUGCACAGACAUCUUUGCCCCUCCCAUCUCCACGCACACAUGCACAAUCAGCCACACAUGCCACACCCUCUCCCACUAGCUCUUCCCCUGCAAAAACACAUGCUUCUUUCUCUUCAGCUCAUGUCUCUCCAGCCUCAGGUCCUGCAACUUUUUCCCCACUGAUGCCCCAAUCCCAGCAUCCAAAACCUACCCAUCCACAGUCCCCUUCCCCUACUUUUUCCACUUUGGAUAUGCCCUCGUAUUCUAAUCCCACUCCCUUGGUACCACCCCAAACUCAGAAUAGUAAGCCCUCACCCACUUCGCCUUCUCAGCCUCAGAGUCCUCGUUCAAAACUUUCUCAGACUCCUCCUCCACCUUCUCCAUUAUCCUUCACUCCAUCUACAACUCCAUCACAUACUCGUACCCCAACACCCACUCAAGCCCUACCCCCAAUCCCAGUUCCCACUCAAACCAGAACAAACACACCAGCUCAGACUCCAACAAGCUCAACAAUCCAGACCCAAAUAACAAAUCAGAUUCAAACUGUAACUUCUGUGCAGAUGCCAAAUGUACUUUCUCCAGCCCGCUCGCCACCCACCCAAAGCCCAGUUCAAACCCAGACACAAACUCAAACUGCCACCACGGCCCAAACUCUAAGCCAGGUUACACCUCAAACUCAACCAUCUGUUUCAGUUGUGUCCCAGACUUCAGCCACUCUGCAAAUUCAAAGCAGGGGUAUACCACCAUCUCCAAUCAAUGCCACACAAAUGUCAGCUCAAGAAAAUACAGCCAGGUCUCCACUUACUCAAAGCCAGACCCAAGUGCUGAUGCAAAGCCAAACUGCAUCUCCCAGUAUGACUCAAACCCUGAAUUCUCUUCUAAUUUCAACCACUACUCAAACUCAGCAUUCUACUGACACUACAUCCCAAAAUCCAACUCUAGUCCAAACCCAAACUCUCAAACAAACUCCAUCUUCCUCUCUUCCAUUCCUAACACAAAAAGCUUCUUCUACACUUCAAAUCCCCAAAGCAUCCCAAAUUCCAGCACCAGUUUCAUCCAUUCAGCCUCCAUCCACCCUCCAAUCUCCACAGCCUUCUUCUGCCCUCUGCCCAUCUCUACAGUCUCCAGCACCUUCUUCAAACCUACCUUCAGUUUCACCAGGACUUGCUAAAUCUACCACAACCUCUGAUUUAGGGGCCACAAACACUGCCUCCUUUAAGUCAGGAAAAUUAGACACAGCUGCACUAGCAUCACAGAAGGAUUCUGAUACACUAAGACACAAGCUUCACACUAAUAUCUAAAGGGUUGUAGGCCAUCAAAGCAAGUUUAGAUGAUCUAAACUGUUAAUGUUCACUGUUAAUGAAGAAUACACACUAAACCUAUACUAUAGAAUGCAAAUGAACUUGUUCAGCAGCUGUAGUGAGUGAGAGAACAUCAAAUAUCAGGAACAAAUAUUUAUUUACUUUUAUUCAUCAUAAAAGAAAUUAAACUGUUCCUGUAAUGAUCUGUAUAGCAUUUUAAAUAUUUCACACUGAAACACUUGGAAUCUAGAAGGUAAACAAGUGUGAUGUCAUCAUUUUCUAGCUCUGUCCCUUUCAGGCACCUUCUAUUCACCAAAGUGUAAUAUAAUGUAAAUAACAAUAUAAAUAUAAUUACUAAUUAUAAAAAUAGGCAAGAAAUAUUUCUGUAUUAAUUAGGACCAAUCCACUCAUGAUGUCUUGUCUCAGGUGUUCGGUGUUAGUUUGAGACGGUGCAGCUCUAGUGUUCUUGUAUGUAUGUAUGUCACACACACACACACACACUCACACACACACACACACACACACACAUAUUACUGUGAUUACUGUGUGUUUUUGGUGUGCAGUAAUGUAGUUCCUUAUAGCUCUGUAAAUAUAACAGCUUCUCGGUCGCUCUGUGAAACACAAUGACACCUGAACACUUCCCCUCACUUCCUUUUAAGUCCUCUCAGCCAUCUUAAUGGUUUUUGCAUCAUUCUGGCAGAGUAAGUUAGAUGUAUAGUGCCAUAAUCAGAUCAAACAUGAAAAAAAAAAAUUUCUUGGUACUUAGUGUUCACACUGGACUUUACCAGUAGGACAAAAGCUAGCUAACUCACAUCAGCUGGAGACUGAUAAAACAUUAUCAUCACCAUCAUGCCUUGUGUGAGCACUGCUUGAGAGGAAGAUGUUGGUGAAUGCUUUGCUCAAUUUCUUAUAUUGAAUUUUUGAUUGUAUGUUCAGAUUGGGUGCAGCUGUCUACCUUCAUGUGCAGUUAGCACUGUAAUGCAAAGUCAUGAAUAUUAAUCUAGGUAUUUAGGAAGCUACACUGACUUUUACGAAUUGCUGCUGAACUUUACUUCUUUACUGUUCAAGAUCAGUCUCACUUCUCUAAUUAUCCACACUUUUAGAACAGAAAAAGACCACUGUAACCCAAGCUAGCUAAUUAGCUAACAUUAACAGUGCACUUGAUCUCCUACUAGCUCACGGACCACACUGACUGUUCAGUGGUAUGAUAUUCUUUAUGCUCUGCCAACUGAAGUUCACAAUAGUUCACAAUAUAGUUGAACACAAUUGUGUAGUGGUGAUACUAAAUGUAACUUUAGUGUAAUUCUAAUCUUUUAUUAAAUCACCAGCACUGAAGGAGGUGUUCAUGUAUUGUAUCCAUGCUCACUGUGUCCAUCCACUGCUGCUUAACUAUAGGUUACACAUUCAAGAUAGCUAAUUCAGUUGACUCAUUCACAGCUACAGAAAAGUCUCCUCUCUCAGUUGCCUAGCAACUGUGUUAAACAAGCUUUCCCCUGACAAUCAAACCAGUUCGAAAUCACUAAGAUUUUAAUAUUAGGGGAAUUGGAAAUGGUCAUAGUGGAGACAAAAUUGUUCAAUGUUGAUGAGUGUUCUGACUGUGUCGUUCAUUUCCAUCUGUAUGAUCAACACACACACACACACACACAGGCUGGAUGUUAGCAUUCUCUUUUCUAAACCAUGCUGCCUAUAGAGUGUGCACUUAUGGACCAAAUAGGUUUUAUUUUUUUGUUGGGG